UUGGUCGGAGGAGGUUGGGAGGAAGAGUUUUCUUGGAGAGGGAUGUGGGUGGGAAGUUAGAGGAGAGGACUCUACUACUGGUGACGUUGAUCGAAGCCAAAGAAAGAAAAGAUGAUGAUGACUUAAGAGGGACUUUUUGGACUCACCACAAGAUAGUCUUUCAAUGAACAGCUCCACGAUAGCAUCUCCAGGAGCUAUUAUAUAUAUUUUUUUUAAAACCACAAAACCAUCAUAACGGUCUGACCAGCUUUUCUUAGGACACAUCCCUCUUCUGAGAUUCUCAUGGGAAAAAAAAAUUAGCACCAAGAAGUGAGGACAAAAGUCUGGGCUGAUUUUGUGGUUGUGUCCAUGAGUCCAAAUGUUAAGGCUCAAAGCCACAAAAUUCUCCAGAACCAACACUGACUUGGGCGGAAAUUUCAAGUGAAAGAAAAUCUCAAGACUUCCAACAUCUGUGAUUGUUUUGUGUCUAAAGCCAAAGGAUUCCUGGAUUCUCCAAGGACCAGAAUAUAGAGAGAGAGAAAAAAAGGAAGGGAAUUGGGAUGUGAAAAGUGAUGUGGAGAAUUUUUCUCACAUACCAAAGGAUGUCUCUAUUAGAAAAGAGAAAUAGGGAUCAUCUGGUGCAGGAAAUAAUGCACAGAGUUUAGGGGCCUCACGGCAAAAAAGAAAUUCAAAAGGGGAUUUGUGUGAUAUGGUGAAGAAAUGUCUGGGAAAUAUUGUGGAGGAUUCUGAGUUUAGAAUUAAGUGAAGUGUGAGUGAUAGUGUGUUCUGGAAACUGAUCAAAAGAUGCACCUCGCUUCUGAAGUGAGUUCUACAACGAAUUCAGUGCCUCUGGAGGGCUCUGAAAUGCAAAUGAAUAGCACGAAUGGAAGUAGUGGAGGAGCAGGAAGUGCUGGAAAUAGUGCUACUGCCAGCAAUCCCUCAAUGACUGCCCUCACGGCGGAAAAUCUCGCCGAACGGACUCUUGAGGGUCUCAUGGCUGAACAUCCGGGAGAACUCGUGAGAACGGGAUGUCCCCAUGUGGUUUGCACGGUGUUACCCCAGCACUGGAGAUCAAAUAAAACCUUGCCGGUGGCAUUCAAAGUGGUGGCACUCGGUGAGGUCGGUGAUGGUACUUUGGUCACCGUGAUGGCGGGAAACGAUGAGAACUACUGCGGCGAAUUGCGAAAUAGUACGGCCGUGAUGAAGAAUCAAGUGGCUAAAUUCAACGAUUUGCGGUUUGUAGGUCGAAGCGGAAGAGGUAAGAGCAAAAGCUUCACUCUCACAAUUGUGAUAUCAACUGUUCCAAUGCAAAUUGCCACUUAUACGAAAGCAAUUAAGGUGACUGUUGAUGGUCCAAGAGAGCCACGUUCCAAAGUGCGUCACCAAGGCUUCCAUCCAUUUGCAUUUGGUCCACAGAGAUUUGCACCAGAUCCCUUAAUGGGUGGUCUUCCAUUUAAGCUGUCAGGAUUUGCCCAUCAUUUGGCUGGUUUGCCGGGGGCUCACUUGGCUGGCGACUGGCGUGCUCUAAGUGCUCGUCACAACUUCCCACCGGCCCAAUUUCUCCAUCAUCAUCACCCGCCACAAUUCAAUCCCCACAUGCUGGCGACGAUGGAUCGCAUGGAGCGGUCGAUGAAUGGCUCACCGCGAGCGCUAAAUCAAAUCUCGUGCAAUCCGCACAGUACAACGAGUCCCAAGGGGUCCCCCAUUCAUCUGGCCGCGGGAUCAGUGGCAGGAGGUGCUGCUGGUGAGGGUAGCAGAGCAUCGCCAGUGGAUGAAAAUGGGGACAACAACAACAACAUCGAUGGGGCUAGUUAUGAGAGUGACAACAACAUAUCAGUGACGGGAUCACCACGAAUUGUCCACUCGUCAUCGCUGGAGGAUGCUGAGGAGAAGAGGAGUCCUACGCCCACUGGCGCUUUCACUUCUUUCAUUCACCGGGAGAACACAGGGGAUACUCCUCUGGCCAAAAAGACCAACGAACUUCUUUCUGGCUUCUCUGGGCAUCUCCAUCAUGCUCCAUUCAAUCAUGCCCUUGCAGCACAGCUUUUUCUCCAGACUCCUCUUAUUCCUCCACCUAGUCAAUGGCUCUAUACCCAGCUCUAUGGGAAUUACCAUGAUUUCCCAUGGUUCAGGAAUUCUCUGUCGUCCGGAAAUACUUUUCGCGGUGGCACAAGUCCGGAAUCAACAGAAUCACCUCCAGUACUCGUCAAGCGUUCCUCUGUCACCCUUAUCUCUCACACAGGGCACGAUACCGUGAAUUCAGGCAAGGAGGAGACUGACAACAGGCAGUCUCCUCCAGUUUCCUCCACCAAGAGAUCCCCCAGUCCCGAAGACAUCGAAGAGACGAGAAGUGAGAAGAAGCUGGACACAAUAGGAGCAGCCAAUAGAUGUCGAACGCCCAAGCAUAGCGAUGUCUGGAGACCUUACUGAGCUGAUCCACCUUCAAAUCCUCCCGGUAUUUAUUUUAUUAUUUAAUUAAUUAAUUAAUUAAUUAAUAAUUU